AUGAAGGGCGAUGACGUUCGGGAUAUAAUUAUUAAUAUAGUGUCUGCUCAGUGCCGCUGGGGAGGAGAAAUGUGUUAUGGGGAGGAAACUCACUUGCAUUAUAUUGAACUUGCGACAUACGAAAUACCUACAUCACAAGUACUUCUUGUUGAACCUCAUGAUCACUUCCCUGAUGAUAAUUGCGCUCUUAUUAAUUUAAAUGAGGCUACCCUAUUGGAGAAUGUGAAACAGCGCUACAUGAAAGAUAAAAUUUAUACGUACGUGGCAAACAUUCUAAUCGCUGUCAAUCCCUACUACGAUAUCAAAGGAUUAUAUUCCCGAGAAAUGAUUGAAGAAUAUAAGGGAAAAUCUCUCGGAGUGUUGCCUCCUCAUCCUUUUGCCAUCGCUGACAAAGCUUUCAGAGAUAUGCGAAUGCUGAAGGAGUCGCAAGCCAUUAUCGUGAGCGGUGAAUCAGGAGCGGGGAAGACUGAAACGACAAAGCACGUUCUCCGCUACCUCACAGAGGGCUACGGGGCCAACGCAGGCGUCAUUGAACAAAGGAUCAUUGACUCAAAUCCCCUUCUUGAAGCGUUUGGGAAUGCCAAAACUGUGCGGAAUAAUAACUCUUCCAGGUUUGGAAAGUUUAUUGAGCUGGCCUUUGAUAAGCAAGCCGCUGUGUGCGGAGGUUCCUUGGAACAUUAUAUCCUCGAAAAAAGUCGCGUUGUUCGACAGUCUAAAAAUGAGCGCAAUUUCCAUUUCUUCUAUCAACUUUUCGCUGGAGCUUCAGACUCCCUUCGACAGAAACUUGGACUCACAACACCUGAUGACUUUCUGUAUUUGUCACGAGGUUGUACUCGGUAUUUCUUGCAACCUCAAAACAGGUCCGCUCUCUCAGAUGACCGUUUGAGUCGUGAUCAAAGAGAACAUGGACCACUUCAAGACAUUAAAAUGGACGAUCUUGAGGAUUUCAAGAUGUCCAUCAAAGUGAUGAAGGAUAUGGGUCUGGAUGAAUCCACUCAGGAAUCUAUUUUCUCAAUUCUUGCUGGAAUACUCCAUUUGGGAAAUGUUGUCUUUCAGGAAUCUAAAAGCGCUCAUGGAGGAUGUGUUGUGUCAACUCAGUCCCAAUCUUCACUAAAUAUGGCAUCAAAACUUCUUGGAAUUGAGGCCAAAAAGAUGUCAAAAGCCUUGACAACCCGUAUAACAGGGACUCGAGAUCUAACAAUAGCACUGAGGGCUGAAGAAACCUCAAAUGCUAGAGAUGGUCUUGUGAAAAUAAUCUACGAUCGUUUAUUUGACUUACUUGUCACCACGGUCAAUAAGGCCAUUCCGCAUUCCAAUAAGCAAACCUAUAUUGGCCUCUUGGAUAUCGCUGGAUUCGAACACUUUGAGGUCAACUCCUUCGAGCAAUUCUGUAUUAACUAUUGCAAUGAAAAAUUACAACAGUUCUUUAACGAGAGGAUACUUCGAGAAGAACAGAUCGUCUAUCAGAAAGAAGGAUUGAAUGUUAGCAGUGUAGCUUAUGUGGACAACCAGGAUUAUCUCAUCGAAUCCAAGAAAUCGGGUAUCUUGGCGCUUCUGGAUGAAGAGAGUCGCCUUCCAAAUUCAAACAGCGAACACUUCACCAACGAAGUUCACAGAGUGCAUAAUGAAAAUGCCCGAUUAAACGUAAUUUCAAAUAAUAAUAGUCUUAAUAGUUAA